UCACAUAAAGCACAUGUGGGAGGCACCCAAGGGGGUGAAUGUGGGACUGGCUGAUUUUUGGGGGUGUUGUUACUGGCUGGUAACCCAACUCCUGAGUGCAGUACUGAGAAGAGACAGCGCAGAGAAGAAGUGAAAACAUAAAGUGUGGCAUGACUGUUUCAGGGACAGAGGUGUGACUAUAAUAAAGAGGUGGGGGGGAAGAGAGAGUGAGAGUGAGAGAGGCACAGGCGGGUUCAGCAAGAGAGACAGGUGUGUCCUAUGCACAGGAAGAAGAGACAGCGGUGAUAGAGGAAGAGAAGCUGUGACAGAGAUACAGUCGAAAGUGUCUGUCGGAGAGAUCACCCCUGGCACCCAGAGACAUCUGCCUGGCAUACUCCCUGUGAGAGCCCCUAGCGUUACAAGAUGAGUUGGCUGCACCAGGAUUCGGAGGUGUAUAAGAUGCUGCAGGGGAACCAGGAGAACAGGACGUCCCCACGACAGUCCAACAGCUUCAAACUUCUGCAGGAGGCGCUGGAGAGUGACCCUGACGGAGUUAUUUCAAUGCCAACCAAGUUUUCGCCCACUAUUCAGAAACAAAGCUCCAUCUCCAACAACCAAUCACCAGUUCCUCAGAAUCGUCCUACUAACAGCCCCUCAGCCUCGCUACGGACUUGUGAGAAAUGCAACAUGACCAUCAGUGAGGUGGCGGUGAAGAUCUCAGAGGGUCGCUACCGUCACCCUGGAUGCUACGUCUGUACAGACUGCGGCAUGAACUUACGUAUGAGGGGGCAUUUCUGGGCAGGGGACCAGCUGGUAUGUGAAAAGCAUGCCCGUGCCAGGCACCAUACACCUAUGGGAUCCCUGCGCUCAUAAGUGGCAUGUGGACAUUCUUAAAGGGGAACUAAAGGCCAGCGCAUUGUCAAGUAUGCAUUGCCUAGGUCUGUGGCAUGCUAAACCCGCUUCUUGGCUUCCAAGUUGAUAUGUUCUGCCCUCCGCUCCUUGCUGUGUGUUGAUUCAUGCAUAUGCAGAGGGGCAUGUACCACGGGCACGAUCACUUGCAGGGUCCAUUGGAACGUAUAUACUAGAGCAUUGGUUCAUAUAAAGAUGAAAUACUGCAGAAGCCCUUGAGAACUAUUCACUUCUGGCCUUUAGUUCUCCUUUAAAGGAUAAGUAAACCUUUAAAAUAAGUGAAUAUAAAAUUGACGAGGGUGCUA